GGGUGGCUGAAUAAUCUCACUACCAGAGGUUGAAUAAAAAAGAAGAACAGUGCGUUGACAGUUGCCAUUUAAGAUAUGACAAUAAUGACGUUUGACGUUAUAAAUAACAAAGUAAAACUGUAAAACAAAUACACCGGUUAUUUUUAAGUAAAAAUGCAAUAUUUCGAUUAAUUUCAGCCACAAACCGAAGCUAAAAAUGUAUCGAACAGAUAAACAAUUCAUGAAAAACCCGGCGACGGCCGCCAUGCGAAUAUACAUCGGAAAUUUGGCGAAAACAGUAAUAGCCAACGAUUUGGAGCAAAAGUUCAAGCAACACGGAAACAUCAUCGGUUUAUCCCUAAAUGCCGGCUUCGCAUUCAUACAAUUCGACACGGAAAGCGAGGCCCAAUCGGCCAUCACCGUGGAAAACGGCACGAUGCUGUGCGGUAGAAAAAUCAUAGUUAAGCAAGCCUUGGACAAGUCCAAGUCGAACAUGAAUCAAGGGGGCCAGCAGAGAGGAGCCCCGGGACCGAUCCCGCAGCGUCCGCCAUUGCAGGAACCUCUAAUCAAACCUAUUAAUAAUAAUUUACAACCCGCUCCGACUCCUCCGCCACCUCCGGCGCAGAAUGUUCCACCCAAACCGCAGUUUAUCGAGAACAAGCCUGAUUUUACGGAAGAUAUUAUCGAAGACGACAGGCCUAACGUACGGCCGCCUGUAGUCCCCCCCAGACACAUUAUAGACGAUAUGCACAAAGGAGGAAGAGGGAGAAAAAAUGAACGGGAUUUCGAUAGGUAUUCCAACAGAUUCGAACCGCCCCCGAAAAUGGACAUGUACAGGGAAAACAGGGAUUUUUUCCGGGGCAUGCCGGGUAACAAUUACCCACCACCGCCCCGGAACGAGGUCUACCAACCGCCUCUCUUGGACAUUCCCCCUACUCAACCGGACAAAAACGACUGCGAAAUCAUCGUUGUGGCUAAACAGCUAACGGAAUACGCGGAAUUUAUAGAGCAGAAAUUGAAGAAUCACGGACUAUUAGUGGAUUUGCUCUUUCCCAAUGAAGACGUCCCGAUCGGUAAAGUUUUAGCAAACAUAUCGAGCAGAGGUUGCUUAUACGCCAUCCUAGUCAUGCCUGUUAACGAAGAAAAUCGAAGCCUUACACUCAAUAUUCUCCACGGAAUACCUCAAGAGCACAGAAAUAUGCCAGUAGAAGACGCCAUAAUACUAAUAUCGAGAGAUUUCGAAGCUUAUAUGAAAGGGGAACCGAUGCAAUCAGAUCCCAGUCAAAUGACUCUUCUCGAUCGACAUCCUAAUCCAAUUCAAAUGCUGUUAAAUAUGCUAGCGGAAAACCGACAAAUAUCGUCCAGUCAAUACGAUAAACUAAUCGGUUAUCUGCAAGAACGGAAAGCCCUGCAGCACGAAUACGAAGUGGAAGAAGGGCUGGCGCCCAAAGAGGAAUCGGACGCCAAGCAGGUGGAGUUGCAAAGUAGAAUAAUGAGCAUUUUGAAUAAAUCUAACGAGUCCUCGAUACCCGCAUCGAUCACGGCCCCGGAUCCUCCGUCGAGCGAGCCCACGCCCAUUUUGAAAGAUCCCACCGUACAAAAGGCCUUGGACAGUCUGAUGUUGGGCGAAAUGUUUAAAAACAUGGCGGGUUAAGGGAUAAAUAAGAGUAAUAUAGAAUAGAUUAAGAGAAUCGGUUCGACGUUUUUUUUUUACGAGUAUACGUUUUUAUUUUUCUCGAAACAAAAUUCACAAUAAUUCGUUCGCAACUUACAAAUAGAAAAUACAAAUCACAAUAAUUUAAUGAAACGAUAUAUAUACAUUCUCUUAGAGUUCUAUUUAUGCGACAAAAGUAAAAAUAAAAUAAUUCGACCAAUAAAAUUGAAUCCUUUUAAUGCGAAAUUUAAAAGAAAAAAAACAUCCAUUCACACGUUCUCUUUAGUUUAAAGAAUACUAUGUAAUAUUACACGCUAUCGCUCUCGUUCAAAUUUUGUCUAAGCAUCGGUGUUACGAAUCUCUGUCCCGAAUUGCUCUCCGAUUCGUAACCGUCCACACCGGACACCUCUAAAGGCGAAUCCAUUUCAGUCGUGCUCCUUCCAAACGACGGAUCGAAGGCCUCCUUUAUCUGACUACUGGCCCCUUUCGGGUCCAAAUCCGUCGCCCAACUGAAGUGCAUCAGGGCCAAAUCCGUGUGGCCUAAUUUCUUAUGUACUUUACCUAAAAUAAAUAAAUAAACACGAUUUAUAUUACGUACUCGUGUGACCCCGACAAAAUUAUUACCUAUUAAAUAAUAAACCGACGAUUCUUUGGGUACUAUUUCUUUUAAUUCUUCUAGCUCUUUAAGCGCUUCUGAAUGUCUACCUAAAGCGAAAUAUAUGGAUCCCCUGUGGAAUUUGCACAGGGCGCUUCUCGGAUUGUUAGCUAUGGCUUUAUUGAACGUGUUCAGGGCUUUUUCCGUUUGCUUACGAGCGUGCUGCACCACACCUACAACAAUUUACGAUUUAG